CUUUUCCACAAUCCACUCAACUGUCAAGCCGCCAUAUCUUCUGUGUACUGUUUCUGCAAAAAAAAAUAAAAUAAAGAAAAGCACGAGUACGAAUUAAAAUUAAGUAAAACACAAACAAUAACGACAAAAUUUAAUAAAACUCUUAAAACAAUUGCAUUUUUUUAAACAACAAAAUAACUUUAUACAAGUGCGGUUUAUACCCAUCAACAACAGAUAAUUGCACGCGUGCUAAACGUCAUUAUUAAGAGGAAAAAACAUAUGCAUUAACAGCAAAAAAAAAAAUUUGACAAACAACCAACAACAAAAAGCACGAGGUUUUUGGUAACAAAAACAUUGGAAAGAGAGUGUAAAAGUGUGCAAAGAAUUAGACGUGUUAAGGAAAAUAGAAAAACAGCUUAAAAUUUAUUAGAGAAUAUGGUACCUAUAGGGCCAGUUCAUGGGGGACAUCCGGGAGUGCAUGCACCCCAGCCCAUGCCCACAGCACCCAGUGGACCAAAUACCUUGCAAACUUCAUCAUCAGCGGGUAAUACGUCGUCUUCAUCGAACAAAAGUUCUUUGUCCAUAAAACCCAACUAUACGUUGAAGUUUACGUUGGCGGGACACACCAAGGCGGUGUCAGCUGUUAAAUUUUCACCCAAUGGAGAAUGGCUGGCUAGUUCAUCUGCCGAUAAAUUGAUUAAAAUUUGGGGAGCCUACGAUGGUAAAUUCGAAAAAACCAUUUCGGGCCAUAAAUUGGGCAUUUCAGAUGUGGCAUGGUCUUCCGAUUCGCGUCUCUUGGUGAGUGGCAGUGACGAUAAAACGUUAAAAGUCUGGGAAUUAAGCUCGGGCAAAUGUUUGAAAACCUUAAAGGGCCACAGCAAUUAUGUUUUCUGUUGUAAUUUUAAUCCACAAUCCAAUCUAAUUGUUUCGGGCAGUUUUGAUGAAUCGGUGCGAAUAUGGGAUGUACGCACUGGCAAAUGUCUAAAGACAUUGCCAGCCCAUUCUGAUCCUGUCUCCGCCGUACAUUUCAAUCGUGAUGGUUCGUUGAUUGUCAGUUCCAGUUAUGAUGGUCUCUGCCGCAUUUGGGACACAGCCAGCGGCCAGUGCUUGAAAACCCUUAUAGAUGAUGAUAACCCGCCCGUCAGCUUUGUCAAGUUCUCACCCAAUGGCAAAUACAUUUUGGCCGCCACAUUGGACAACACUUUGAAAUUGUGGGAUUAUUCCAAGGGCAAAUGCUUGAAAACCUACACCGGCCACAAAAAUGAAAAAUAUUGCAUAUUUGCUAAUUUUUCAGUAACAGGCGGCAAGUGGAUUGUUUCGGGCAGUGAGGACAAUAUGGUUUAUAUAUGGAAUUUACAAUCGAAAGAGGUGGUGCAAAAGUUACAGGGCCAUACGGACACGGUGUUGUGCACGGCCUGUCAUCCCACAGAGAAUAUUAUUGCAUCGGCGGCUUUGGAAAAUGACAAAACCAUAAAAUUAUGGAAGAGCGAUACAUAAUUCUACCCGUCUAGCAACAACUUAAUGUGUAUUUUAAUUUUAGUUUCUUUUCUUAUAAUAAGGCUUCAACAAAACAAAAGGGAUUACGAUUUCUUUAAAAUAAAAUUUAAAAUUUUCCAUAAAAAAA